GGGAAUGACCUGACGUGCGAAAUCUCGUCGCAAAUUUAAUCAUUGAUGUUAGAGGUUGCUGAUGUUAUAGUUUUCGAUGUGGUAUUCUUGAUGCAUAAUGUCCUUGGUGACUGUGUUAAGGUCUCCGUCAACUUCAGACAGCACGAGUUUGGCCACGGAAGAAUCGGAUGUUGACGAAGAUCAAGAGGAUAGCUCACUGAAUAGGUCUAGAGCGUCAAGCUUUGAAGGAUUCUUUGCAUCUAAAGGAGCAGCAUAUGCCCUUCCUGAUGGAGACUUUGCUCGCCGGGCCACAAAGCACGGAGGAGAGAUGCAAUUGCAUCUGCAAGCCAUGGUGAACUUACUGCGGGAUGAAGAUGUGCUUAGACUUGUUAUCAAACUGGAGUGCCAGUAUCCAAACAGAAUUCGCUAUUUAACAAUUGUGUCGGCAUUUGGUCCAGAUGAAGAAGAGCAGAGUAUUAUCGUGGGAGUGGAUUGGACUGACAAUGCCACCAUUGGUUUGGUUGUUCCUCUCUACAGAGAUACAGUCAUAAAGUUAGAUGGUGAUGGUGGGUUUAAAAUGACAUCAGCAGAGAAGACAUUCAUUUUCAAGCCCAUUUCUGUGCAAACCAUGUGGACAGCCCUGCAGUGGAUCCACAAGUGCAGUGACAAUGCUAGGAAGCACAAUUACUAUUACACUAACUGUGCAUCUCAUGCCUGGGUUGAUUAUUACUACAGAAAGAUAUCAUCAGACAGAGUGUGUAUUAAUGAAUGGCAGCAAAUGGAUGAACUUGAAUCAAAACGUCCAGAUUCACCAAUUGGCACAACCACAGAAAAGGAACUUGUUAUGAAACUUAUUCGCCACAAGCUGAAGGAGGUUAUGACAAGAGUUGACCUUGAGGAAGUCACUUGUAGACAGAUAAGGAAUAUACUUGAAGAGGAAACACAAAUGGAACUCAAGGAGUACAGAUCUUUUAUUGAUGAAGAAAUGAUAACCAUUUUAGGACAAAUGGACUCUGCAUCCAAAAUAUUUGAUCAUGUUUACCUGGGCUCUGAGUGGAAUGCUUCAAACUUGGAAGAACUUAAAGAAAAUGGAAUUGGAUACAUCUUGAACAUCACAAGAGAGAUUGAUAACUUUUUUCCGGGGACAUUCCAUUAUCAUAACAUCAGAGUUUACGAUUUGGACGACACCGAAUUACUUCAUCAUUGGGAUUACACUUACAAGUUCAUACAGAUGGCCAAAAAUGCAGGUUCGAAAGUUCUUGUGCAUUGUAGAAUGGGAAUAAGCAGAUCAGCAUCAACCGUUAUCGCUUACGGCAUGAAAGAAUAUGGUUGGUCUUUAGGUGACACUAUGAAGUACGUCAAGGCGCGAAGAAAUGUUGUUCAACCGAAUGCGGGAUUUUGGAAGCAGCUUAUCACUUACGAGGGAAUUUUAAAUUCGAGCAAACAUCGCUACAACAAAAUUUUCAGACAUGAUUCAUUCUCAUCCGAUGCAGAGGAGCUGUCCAAGAGUGCCGUAGGAGCUGUGCAGAAACGGAAAAAGGAGGAACAAUCGAAUGUUGCUGUCCAACAAGAAGUUACGGUCACUCAGAACAAUUUUUCAGAGGAAUGUGAAAGCGAUUCAAACUUAAAAGAGGGAGCAUUACCUUUCGAGAAAAUAGCUAGCGUUGCUGAGGCUACUAUGGUGAAUGCUGAUAAUGUUUUAACGUCCGAAGGCGCCACGCAGGAGGGUAGCGAUGUGGAUAUUGUGCCCGCGCCUAGUCCAUCAACCGCCUUGGGCUCAAAUUUGAUGGUUGAUUCCGGGGAAGAAGAACCUACGGGGACAAAUUCUGUGCGAGGAAGUUUGAAAGUUUCGGAAAUUGUUCAGAAGAGUUCGUUACAGCGAGUAAGUUCAGUACCUUCUUUAUCAAAUGGUGACCACAAGGGACAGGAGUCAGACAGCGAGUCUACAGGAAAAUUUCGUAGAUCGUGCUCCUUACGAGAGCGUGGUCCCAGAAAAUUGCAACUUCUUCAGAAUGACGCGAAAGCUAAGUCCGCCAGCGACGAGAAUUUAAAAGGAUUCGAGCGUAAAAAGAGGGAAAUUCUCAACUUGGAGGAAAGUAAGAAUAAGGAAUGCAUUGGAGAUCUUAGUUCUCUGGGAAACAAACCACACGGAAGCUUGCCAAGGGAUUUAGAUGGUGUAGUUGAAAGCGGUUUUGUGAAACGCCAUUCGAGAAAAUUUGAAGAAGGCGUCCCUUUUGUGCCAUCUGUGACGUUGUUUGAUGAUGCCGGCUCUGCGGCGCAAGAAGAAUCCGCUGUUGAACUUUCAAAGGCAGUAGAAGAAAGUGAUAAAAUCACAGAAGAUGCAGAGGAGCAAACUAUCCAAAGCGAAGAACCUGAACCCGGUGUAGUUCGAAAACAUAAAGAGGGUUUUGAAUUGAAACAUCGAGAGAGUUUAACGAGACGAGCGUUACUCCAGCGUGGCGGAAGUGAGGAAGCAAAAAGUGUUAAUCAUGAAGGAAACGAAAUGGAAGGAGUCUCAGUUGCGGACAAUGAUUCGUCUUCAUUGCAAUUUCAAGAAGGGGAGGAGUGCAGGCGCGUCCAUGGUGUUAACGUAGAGGCACUGGUUCAGAAGGUGAACGAGGAUAUGAAAAAGACCGUGUCUGCUCGGAGAAUUUCAGCCUCAAAGAAAGAACAAGAGCUAAGAGUGUUUGUUCAGCAAGCAGGGGAACAAAUGAAAGAGGCACUAAAUAGUGUCGAAAACGAACCUUCGGACGCUAGCACCGACAGCUCUGUGUUCGAUGAUGCACGAUCUGAGGAAAUCAGUGAUACGCGCAUCGUUGAGAGUAACACAAUGAAAGACAAACAGGAACUGCUGUGUAAAAGUUCCAGUGUUACAGGAACAUCUACCGAGCCCAGGCAACUUGUCGCUUUCAAGAGUGACUCGAAAAUCACGAAUGUAGCUGAAACAUCAGUCAGUGACACGGAUGGGGGAGAAGAUGUCGAAAAUGUGUUGCAGAGAGGUCUUGUGAAACGGCACACACUUCUGAUUGAGGGGAAACUGCAGCAACCCGAGCACGAGUCAGAGAAGGAACGCGAUUCUCAAGAGGAAAAGGAAAGUGCAGGCUCAGACGACAGAGAAAUGGAAAAAGAGUUGAUAAAAAGUGAAGUUUGUGAUACAUCACCGGAAGAGACGUGCAUCGGGAGUACUUUGAGUCCGAGCGUCGAGUCAACAGAUCAGAUGAGCCCAGUAAAAGCAGAAAUUUCGGAAUCAUCAAAGGAGAGUAAAGAUACACGGAGUGAUGAGGUUACAACAGAUAUACCCGCUAAGGGCCUGGUGAAACGACAUACGCUGUUGAUAGAAGGGAAGCUUCAGCCAUUGGAGCAAGAGCUGGGUCAAGAAGGCGUGAAAGAACCCGGAAGAGAAAGUGAAAUCACCAAAGACAAGGAAGUGUCGCAAUGGGAAGGUGACGUGGACAAAGAUCGAGAUCAGCCAGACCUGGGAGUUGCACACGAUGCAACUAUCGGUGUGGAACCAGCAGUUGAAGGAAGAAAAUUAUCCGACAUGUUCGAGGCUACAGAAGACAAAAGGAGUGAACAGGACACGGAGAACAUUCCUAAGAAAGGUUUAGUCAAGCGCCAUACGCUUUUGAUCGAGGGGAAAAUACAACCUCUUGAUCAACAGUUGGACAAAGGUGUCGAGAAAGAAGUGAGAGAUGGUGACGUUGCUCUUGAGAGUCAAUUAGUUGAAAGUGAAGAUCAGUUGCGGUAUCAAAUCGAGGAGCCUGGUGAUCACACGAGUGAUCAGUGGGACGAAGAUGAACAGAACAACAAAACUGCGGCUGGUUUGGUAAAGCGACAAAAACAGCGCAUUGAGGAAAAACUCCAUAUUCCAGUGGUGGAACCCAAAGAAGAGCAAGAGCAGGAGUUGUCGGGCAACGAGAUUGCGACGGUUGAAACCAGUGGAGGAGAAGGUUUCCAAGGAAGUGAUCUGAAGGUUGAGUACGAUGGUGACGAAGAUCAGUUACAAGAAAAGGAGCAAAACGAAUUGGGCGUGGAUACUUCAAGUGUUGUGAAAGUUAGGCAACAGACUCAGCAUUUAGAAGGAAUCAUUCGUGUAGCACACGAUGAGGACAAGAUCAAAAGGCAAUCUUCUAAAGAAGAGGAUGCGAAGUGUAGCGAGCAAUCGCCGAAAGUUGUUAUAGUCCCUCGUUCCUGCUCAGACGAAACUACGGAAGAUGGUGCGGCGGAUGCAGGUAGCGAAGAGAAAAUGGAAGUCCUGAGUGACACGGCUGUUGACAAGGCUCUCACCAAAGCCCAGGAGAACUUGGUUGUAGAAAAAGAAAACCUCGAAUUGGAGAAGGAGCAGCCUGUUGACUGGGAAUAUGCAAACGUUCGCCAGAGAACGCAAAUUUUCGAAGCUAUCAUGGGACGGUCUGACCAGGACAUUCAAAAAGACGAUGGAGACAGUGAAAAUCAAACUAACUCGCUCCGUCGGCACAAAUCGAUGUCGAAGGUGUUUCGUGCGUCCGAGAAGCCUACUAUGCGUCGUCGGUCGGUUUCGGAUGUAACCCAGCCUGUUUGGUCGGGUUCCGUUCGUGAAGUCGGUUAUACUAUUCAGUUCAAGGAAAAAGUUGCGGAAUAUUCGGGUUCGUCUUCUCUUCCUCGCGACUGGAGUCCCUUUCACAACAAGCAGAAACGUGAAGAAAAAAGACUGUGCCCAGAAGUAGUGUUUUCCUCUGAAAUAAUUCACCAGGGUGAACUCAAAGAGAAAUCCUGCGGAGAACUUAUCGACAACCAGGACAAAGAAAAUCAGGCUUGUCAGAGCGUAAAAGAGACAAUUCAGGCUUUAGAUUCAAAGAAUCAAAAAAUUAUUAGUAGUAAUUUAAGCUAGAUGCAAGCGCUUGUGCAUUCAAGUUCUCAAAGGAUCGUUCCCAAAUUUGUGGUUUUCAAGAAAUAUAUUUUCUAUUUUGAUUUGAAAUUUGAAUUUUGCACACAGAAAUUACAUUUGCGAAGAAAAUCAUUGGUUAUACAUAGUCUUUUACGAUCAAGAAACUUAAUUUUACUGCCGAAUUUAAAGUAGGCUUUACUCAUCAAGCUUUGGCAAAAUUUGGCAGAUGAAACGUUUUUAUCGAGUUGACUCAUUGUUGGUUCGUCACGUGAAGAUUUCAAGCUCUAUUUUACAGUAGAGAAAGAUCUUACCUUUUUGCGAGAUUUGAAAUUGGGGAUAAUUCUUCAUUUCAAAGGAUUAGAUCUUAGCUGACUACAAAUUUGAUACCAAUUUUUCGCUUUUUAUCCAAUGUUACUAUUUUCAGUGAUAUAUGCAAGAUACCAUGCCCUAGAAUCGCAUGAUUUGUUUUGUGUGUUUUUGAAAUAUAACUAAAAGCGGUUUUCAAUUGAACGUGCUAACAUGAAGGCCUCAACUCAGGAAUACAUCAGCCAGCGGUCAUUUUAAACCUACGGAAGCGCGUUGCCAGACGAAGGGGAAAAGACCUGGAUGUUAUUUGGUCUGAUCGGUAGAUCAACGAUCGCGAUUAUUUCAAGCCAGUCACCGAGCGAAGUUAAUUUAACUCAUUGCUGAUGUUUUGGGACAGUUGAGAAUCGCUUUUAUUAAGAUAGCCUUAAGGCGACAUAAAGUGUACUUCACGAUAACGAAUUUCUGAUACCGUCAUAUUCUAUGCUGAAAUACAGAUGGAGCAGAUUUUAUAUGCGUUUCUCUGAAGUUCAGUUGGAAUCUUAUCUCGGCACUUUGAGGAAAGAAAUCUUGAAGUCUAAAAGAUGUUGAGUCAAUUCACCAGUUGAAUUUUAUUUUUACGUGGUCAAUUAGAAAGACACGAUGUUUAUAUUAAAAGAAUGGUAAAUAUAGAAUCACAGAAAAUAUUUAAUUAUG